GCCUCCAGUCCCCUAAUCAUCCUGGUUGCUCUUCUCUGCACUCUUUCUACAGUCUCAACCAGGGGUGAAAUCCAGCAGGUUAUUAUUAUUAUUUAUUAUAUUUUUAUACCGCCCAUCUCCCGAAGGACUCAGGGUGGUUCACAGCCAAUAAAACAACAGAAAACAUAUAAUACAUAUAAAACAGCAAAAAGAAUAGACAAUUAAAUUCAGUUGAUGCCUUAAAACUUUUAAAUACAAAUUUAAAACCCAUUUAAACCCCUGAUUUAAAAACCCCAAUUUAAAACUACGUUCAAGCUAGUCAAGGUUCUGACAGGUUCUGGAGAACCGGUAGCAAAAAUUUUGAGUAGUUCGGAGAACCAGCAAAUAUCACCUCUGGCUGGCCCCAGAGUGGGGUAGAAAUGGAAAUUUUGCAAUAUCCUUCCCCCAGGAGUGGGGAGGGAAUGGGGAUUUUGCAGUAUCCUUCCCCUGGAGUGUGGUGGGAAUGGACAUUUUGCAGUAUCCUUCCCCUGCCAUGCCCACCAAGCCAUGCCUACAGAACUGGUAGUAAACAAAAAUUAGAUUUCACCAUUGGUCUCAACUUCUUUUUUUGUGUCUCCUAGAACUACUUCUGAGGAUAAAAGAGGAAAAGGUGGAGUCUUUGUCUUUUCUUCACCCCUUAUAGAUUGUCAGACCUGUUGAACAGCUGCAAGACAUAGUAGAAAAGUGUGGAGCUCUAUUAACCCAAUAGCAGAAGGCAACAGGACAAUUAGGGUGCAUGGUGGAAAUACCAAGGUAGACAUUAGAUGGUGCUGUUCUCCUGCAACUUCUGAAGUCCAUCUUUGAACAUGUGAGGCCCAGCGAGGUGCAAGUUGGAAAAGGGGAUCUAAUCAAGCUUCCUUAGUGACACAACCGUUUUCUGCGCCAGAACCAGAAGGGGACCGUCAAAAUCGGCAGUUCCAUCAUCGGAAGAAUUCGGGAAAGACAUGAAGACGAAUCUUCCGGUUGUACUGCUGACCAUUAUCUUGCACAUUAAGAAAGUUCCUUCGCUGGAAUGCUACAUUUGCAAUCAGACAAGCUACUCGCGAUGCUCAAGGAUUAAAAACUGUUCUCACGAUGAGGUUUUCUGCACAAGCUACACAGCCCAAUGUCUGCGAUGUUUCUCAUGCCGGGAGCCCACAAGACCUGAGAAAUGCAUGACAGUGACUAACUGUAUGCCAAACCAAACCAUGUGUAUGACGACAAUGCAUUCUCUUGAAGAAGUCUACCCUUUUGUGGGCGAACUCACCGUCACACGGGCCUGUUCUCUGACCUGCAACCUUUCUGAGAUCGAUGAAAUUGGUUCCACGCGUCUGAUGACCUGUUGCCGCACCGAACUCUGCAACCAUGAUGGGGCCUCCUGGCUAGAGAUCAGCUACACCCUGUUGGGAGGAAUUCUGGCUUCUUUUUUCCUCGUCCUCAGUUAAGACUGUAUUGCUCCAGGAUUUGGCAGAGAGUCCACUGUACUUUCUUAGAACGAUGGGUUCA